UAUCCCAGUGUGGGUCGCUGAGUUCACUGGGAUUGCUGUAACUCUUGUGUAUGGAAAUCUCCAAACACACCAUACGAGAAGUUGCCACUAGCAUAUGGCCUAGCACAGAGAGAAGGAAGAGAGAGAGGCUCCUGGGAAUCCCAAGGAAAGAUAUAAAUGUGCUCUGGCCACAGCCAUACCAUAAUUGCCCAGCUCACACUGACAUGCAGUCGGGCACCAUGUCCUUUCUAGGCUAUCCUGCAUUUGGCGGUGCCACAUCCUACAGAACACAUUGUUAUAUUCCGGUAACAACUUCUGCUCCUCUUUCUUCUGAAAAAGUAAGCCCUGCCUUUGAACUCUGCUUACCCAGUAGCUGUCAAGGAGAUCUCUGGCUCCUGGAUCAAAGCCAAGAAUCCUAUUGUGAAGUACCAAGCUGCAAAUCUCCGAGCUGUGAGCCCAAGACCUGCGACACAAGUUGUGAUCCGCCAAACUCCUGUGGGCCCUGCAACUCCCCAUCAGCAGGCCAAGUCAUCACUGCCUGUGAAAUCACCAAUAUCAGACCUACCCCCAGCUGCUGCCCAGGCACUCAAGCUAAGGGGUAUGUAUCCCGUUGCUACCCACUCACUCAAUACGCAUCCAAAGGCUGCCAGACACUUCGCCAUUUCUCUACUUCCCUUGGGCAACUUAACUACUCACACAAGAGUCUUUGGCCUCUAAAUUACUGUGGACUGGAGAACUCGGGGGUCAGAUCCUACCAAAAUCGUGGCUUUGUACCCAGUAGCUUCUCACCAUCAUGUUAUAUUGCCAGUAGCUACCAACCCCAAAGCUACUUAGUGAGAAAUUGCCGAUAUCCGAGUUAUGGGUUGACAAGGCGCCAACCUCUAAGCUGUUUACGUAGAAAUUUGCCAUCUCUGAGCUGUGUACCUAGUACCUUUCCACCUCUGAGAUAUUUAUGCAGUGGUAGCAGACCUCUGAAUUGCUAUUGACCAGCAAAAAGCAUUUACAGCAGCUAGAAAUUGCCCAAUUCUGUGAAGUAAGAAUCUCUAACAUUCUGCAAAUUACCUUAUGCAUCUGAAGAACCUUAUCAUAUUAGCCUCAUAUAUAACUCCAGGGAUUGAUAACCAUAGGCACUACCACCUGCUAGCUUUUAUUCUAUUGCUUUGUUAAUAGUCUUUGUGUUAAAGUCUGAUCCUAUAGGUAGUAAUAUUUCUGGAGUCAGUGAGCAGAUGCCACAUGAAAUAUAGCCAUUGCUGGUCUUUUUACUGUAAGCAUCAUUGUCCCUUACCUGCCAGUAUGAUCAUCAGCUACCUUUCCUUGAUGGAUGGGUACACUUUUGCUUCAGAGCUUAUUCUAGAAUGCCAGUUCUUUCAGGAGGUUUGGCUUUUAAUCAAUAUUUUUUUCAGCUGCCUUACUAGCACCUUGCUAAUGAGCGGAGAGAUAACAUUAUAUGAAACAUAAUGAACUGUGCUUUUUCAUCCUUUCCCUACUGACUUAUUGAAACCAAGUGCAAAUAGCCAUGGCCAACUGGAACUCAAAAACAGAAGACUUCAGCAAAUUUCUUCCAAAGAAGCCAUAAAACAUAGGAUCAACCGGCACUUGACUUUUGUCCUGAAUGCCUAGGAGAAAGCCUAAGAAGAAGAUAAAGCACAACAAUUGUUUGUAACAAGAAUGAUAAAAUACUUUUAUAGCUGCCUCAUGAUUAGUGUUAGUCUAGCUUUGCUGAAUUGUUGCAUUUUGAUUUUGGAAACAUGCCUGGUUCUUGGAUAAUAAACACAUUUCUAUCUGAAAAGAA